CAGCUCUAUUCUGGUUCUAAGGAGGCAAAAGAGCUGAAGAAGCUGUCCUGUGCCAAUUCCAUGGCCCCGGAAAAGGUUGAAUUAUUCAAAUCCAUAGAGGAUUGGGCAAGAGAUAGCAUUUUGCCUCUACUAAAACCAGUUGAAAAAUCCUGGCAGCCUGCAGAUCUUCUACCGGAUUCGGGGUCAGACGGAUUCAUAGAACAAAUCAAUGAAAUAAGGGAGAGAACAAAGGAAAUUCCUGACGAUUGUUUGGUUGCUUUAGUUGGUAACAUGAUCACAGAAGAAGCCCUUCCAACGUAUCAGUCGAGAAUCAAUGCCAUUGAAAUUUAUCAUGAUGAAACAGGAACCGACAACACUCCAUGGGCGAUUUGGAGUAGAGCUUGGAGUGCUGAAGAGAAUCGCCAUGGAGAUCUUCUCAAUAAAUAUCUUUAUCUUUCAGGAAGAAUUGACAUCAAACAAGUUGAGAAAACUAUUCAGCAUUUGAUUGCUUCAGGAAUGGAUUUUGGCACUGGAGACAACCCUUACCAUUGGACAAUUUACACAUCAUUUCAAGAGAGAGCAACAUUCAUUUCUCAUGGCAACACAGCCAAGCUUGCCAUGAAACAUGGAGACUCAAAGCUAGCUCAAAUUUGUGGCACAAUUGCUUCCGAUGAGAAGCGCCACGAAACCGCUUAUAGUAGGAUCGUUGGGAAGCUAUUUGAGCUCGAUCCUAGCGAAGCAAUGGUUGCAUUUGCCGACAUGUUGAAAAUUAAAAUCACGAUGCCAGGCCAAUUGAUGUACGACGGUCAGGAUGUGCAUCUAUUCGAUCACUUCUCUAAUGUCACCAUGCGAAUUGGGGUAUACACAACCUCGGAUUAUAUUAGUGUUUUGGAACAUUUGGUGGGUUUUUGGAAUGUCAAGAAACUUGAGGGGCUUUCGAGCGAAGGAAAAAUUGCUCAAGAUUAUGUUUGUGAGUUGCCUGAAAGGUUGAGAAAAAUAGAGGAGAGAGCUCGAGCGAGGGCUAUCAAAGCGCCUGCAAUUCCAUUCAGCUGGGUUUUUAAUAGAGAAGUGUAGCUAGUUACUUAAGAGUUGGAUGAAGGUCAAUGAAAUCACUAUAAUAAUGCUCGUGUGUGUACUCCCUAUUGAGAGUUUUACAAUCCGAAGAAUGUGAUAUAAGUUUUACUGAAAACAUUAUAUUGUUAUUAAAUGUAAACUUUGUCUUUAUUAAUGUUAUAUUUUAUGAUAUAUAAUAUAAUAAUAAAUG